AUGUCAGAGGUCCUGAGCUUUCCCAUGGUCACAAAGCAGCUUGGCUACUACUGGCAACACGAAGAACAGCGGUACAGGUUGCUGGGUUUAAUUCUUGAUGACUGCAGCAAGAUUGACAUUAGAAUGUCUGAACAUGGGAAGAAAACCACAAAGCUUCUCCCUGUGCCAAAGAAAACCAAAUCAGCCAAGGCUGGUCUGCAGUUCCCCGUGGGUCGUGUCUACAGGCUCCUUAAAAGAGGGAACUAUGCUGACAGGAUCGGUCCUGGUGCUGCCAUCUACCUGGCUGCGGUGCUGGAGUACCUGAGCGUGGAGAUCCUGGAGCUGGCGGGGAACGCUGCAUGGGAAAAUGGGAAAGCCAGGAUCCUGCCCAGGCACAUCCAGCUGGCCGUGAGAAACGAUGAUGAGCUGAACAAGCUCUUCUCCUCCAUGACCAUUGCUCAAGGGUGGGUGUUACCUAAUGUUCUUCCCAACCUUGUUCCUAAGAAGACUGUCUCGCUUGAGCUGCCCCUCAGAUGUGUCCAGUCACAGGAGUUCUAG